AUGGGAAGAAGAGACAACGGGUCUCAAUUGCGUGUCUCGCGUGUCGAGGGAGACGGAUGCGCACCACCGAGCAAAAAAUACGUCGAAUCCCUCCAGGCCAGAAUUCGCCUUCUAGAGGCUCAGGUCGUCUCACUUGGCUCUCAACCCCCGACCAUCCUCCCUGAUCCUCAAGCAAUUGAGCCUGAGGGAGUCGAGCUUGACGAUGAUACCGGUGAUGAGCAAGACCCUCUUUCCGAGCUUACCGGCUUAGUCGGCCGUCUCAACGUGAUCGACGACGGCCAGAUCCACUACUUCGGUUCACAAAGCUCAUACAACCUAGUCCGGGAACCAUUACGCGAUGCCGCGCCUCAUGAACCUUCACUCAGGAUGCAAAGACAGGGCAUAGCAGCCGCGGCUCAACUGGGGAAACUCGUCACCAUCUCGGAUGAUAUGCAGAAUCAUUUACUGGAACUUUAUUGGAAAUGGCAAAAUCCGUGGAACUACGUUAUUCAUAAGGGAACGUUUUUGCGAAGUUUCAGGGGGGAAGAUGACGGAAAGUACUGUUCGCCUCUUCUGCUAUCUUCGAUAUUUGCCAUCUCUGCUCGCUAUUCGGAUCGCCCGGAACUUCGAUCAGACCCGAACGACCCCAAUACCGCAGGAGACGCUUUUUGUGAGCACGCGAAGGUUUUGUUGCUUUAUGAGAGCGAGGCGCCUACCAUUACAACUGUCCAGUCUGCGUGUCUCUUAGCCCUGCGCAUCAUGUCCGACGGGAAAGAGGCACUCGGCUGGCUUUACUCCGGUAAUGCUACACGGAUGGCACACAACCUAGGGUUGAACUUAGACUGUUCCAAAUGGGUUACCUCAGGCUUGCUCUCAGAAGAUGAAGCUGAGACGAGAAAGGUGACUUGGUGGGGAUGCUACGUGGUCGAUAAGCUGUUUUCUCUCGGGCUGGGCAGGCCAAGUAGCACACCCAAGUCGAGCAUCACCUGUCCGAAGCCGAGCAUCGACAACGAGGAAGAAUACACACCAUGGAAACCUGCCACAGAGGGCGCCUUUGACGAGAAAACACUAGGAGUUCACUCUCAUAUUUCCUCAACGGCCCAUCACGUAUCGGAAACGUACACAAUCGCUUGCGAGGCUAUGGAUAUGAUUUACGCUAUUAACAGCAAGCUGUCGUCAAGAGAGAUCGAAGACAUUGUCAGCAAGACAGACGCCUUUGAUGAGGAAGAGGAGGUCAAGACGCUCAGUGAGCAAAAGUGCGUCUCCUGA